CGACCACUUGCUCCAUCCUCGUAAUGUCGGCCUCUAGACGCCGCUCCUCGAAAGAAUACGCCGUGGCCAACGCUGCUCUAUUGAACGACCCCAAAACGACCGCCGAACAGGACGAAGAGACUGGGAAACUUGACAUCAGCACCGUCGCGAAACCCACCGCAGAAGUGCUGCCGGACCUGCCGUCACGAGCGCGGUCGAAGAGCCGCGAAUUGUCUAAAAAGCAAGGCGGGGGAAAGAAGGGGCUGUGGGGGAAACCUGAAGAUCUCAUUGUCCUUCCCAAGGACGAAAAACAUGACCCGAACUAUGAUAGUGAAGAAGAGUCGGACGAUGUGAUUCUUGUCACGUCGUCCCCCAAGGCACGACGUCUCUCCACCACGGCCAAGGCAGCGCUGUUCGAAGGCAAUGCACGAGCGUUCGGGAUCAGUCCUGUCCCAGACGAGGUGAAGGCUCAAAUCGAAAACAUCAUUGCCGAAUACUUUUCAAGCGGAGACGCCGACGAAGUGCGCGUUCGCCUUGAUGAGCUCUCUGUUGACACUGACGGCCAAUUUAACUAUGAACUCGUGAAGCGCGCCAUCACCAUGUCGAUGGACAAGCACGAGCGCGAACGUGAAGCUGUGUCCCGCUUGCUCUCGGAACUGUAUCUCAACGGCUUGACACCUGUCGAACUUGCCCAAGGUUUUCGCCGAGUGAUCGUGUCGGCGGACGAUCUGGCCCUCGACAUUCCGACCGCGGUUCAUAUGCUUUCGAUAUUUGCGGCACGUGCGAUUGUGGACGAAAUCUUGCCGCCUCGAUUCCUGGAAGACCCUGUAUUAGCAUCCCAUGGCGAGGAUGUCGUUCAAGAAGCGGUCAAGAAGCUGAGUAUCAACCACGGAACUGUUCGUAUGGAAAAGGGGUGGGGACCUGGUGAUGGUCGACCCGUGGAAGAGCUCAAGGUUGCCAUCGACCAGCUUACGAAGGAAUACCUAUUGUCCGGGGACCUUGAAGAAGCGUCAGCUUGUGUGCGAGAACUGAACGUUCCUCAUUUCCACCACGAAGUAGUCAAGCGCGGCAUCAUCAACUCGUUCGAAGAAGGCAAGGAGUACACGAACGCGAUCGGGUCCCUGUUGGCGUACUUGGUGAGCCAAGACAUCGUGUCGACGGCGCAGCUGCGUAAAGGCGUGGACAAGGUGGCGUUGGCCCUUCCCGACAUCCAGCUGGACGUUCCUGGCGCCAAGGGCUUGCUCUCGGCCCUCGUUACCCGCGCCAAGUCGGACGGGAUUCUCCCUCCCGACUAUCACCUGCAGUAGGAAGACAAACUCUUGAACGUUGGAAACAAUCUUUUUGGACUGACGCGGCAUAAUUGUUCCGAUAAAAAAAUAACAAAAAAUGGAUUCUUUUUCUCA